AUGCUGAAAGUUCAAAUGUUGGAAACCCUUGGUAGCAAUGAAUGUCCAGUAACUCGAGAAUCGCCUGCAGAGCCAUGCCUUUCUCCAAGAAGAAGACUAAGCGACAGUCAAGAGGAUGCCGAUGACUGCAAGACGCCCACGUCGUCUCCUUUGCACAACGGUCAUAAUAUACUGCAAAGGCAAACGACAAGUGGAAGUACGAAGUCCGCUAGUCAGGGAUCAUCACCUGCCGGACGACAACAUGCCUUCGUAGCAAAUGGUGUACAAAAGUUCAACGGUGGCGGCAGUUUGAACCAUAGCCCGGAAAGAUUUCGUGGCGCCACACAAGAUCUCUUUGAAUUGUUGGAAAGAGUUCAAUGUUCCCGCUUAGAAGACCAAAGAUGUGAGCUUCCAGCCUACUUUUCCCAGACACAACACCGCACAUCUAAUGAUGAACGUGUACCUAAUCCACAUUCGUCUCAUGAAGUCAGUACCAGCAACAUGGCAAUGCAUUCGUCGCAUGGCACACACCACAGCCUGCAGCAUUCUAGUUCGCGCACAACAAUGCGACAUUCCAUCUCGGCCACUUCAAGUAGCACGCCGGCGUCACCACAAUUGAGUGGGAUUAUAACAGCAUCGGGAGGACAAAUGCUUUCGAAUGGUCAUCACUACCAAUCGCAAUCUUCGUCACAAUCAUCGAUAAUUUCAACAAUACCAGCAUCUCAAAGACUGCUUGAAGAGGUUAUUUCUAAGGGUGCCCCGUACCCCAUGAUUGUGUUGCCAGCUAGUGGCUAUUGGGUGGAUGGCACGGAGCAUGAGUGCACAUAUGACUCUCGCGGUCAGCCGAUGUUGCCACAAACUACCUGGAUGGCCAAAUUCGAAACAGACGAUACAGCGAAGUGUUAUAGGCGAUUUUAUGCUGGUCGGGAACACUCGAACUUGGUAGGUCACGACGAUCUGCUAGGUCCAGUGCUCAUUUCGAUCAAAAGUGAAAACGUGGCCAAUCAGGAGCACAUUCGCAUCCUUUUGCGACUUAAGACGGGCACCAUGCACGAAUUGAUCCCAGUUUCAUGCAUGGGCCCCAGUCCUAGCCCAAAUAAAAUGGUUCGCCUAUUGAAUGACCAAAUAAACGUCGAUAGCUUCAUGCCUGUUCUGUGCCCAAAGGCCUCUCAACUGAUUGGAGUUUACGAUGAACAUGUUUUAGUCUCUAACUUCAAGUUCGGCGUUCUAUACCAAAGAUAUGGCCAAACUACUGAGGAAGAACUCUUUUGCAAUAACAAAUCAUCGCCGGCAUUUGAGGAGUUUCUUGACGUGCUGGGCCAACGUAUUCGUCUUAAGGACCACAAGGGGUAUCGCGGAGGUCUGGAUAUACAGAAUGGCCACACCGGCGACACUGCCAUUUACGAAGUAUUCAAGGAGCGUGAAGUAAUAUUUCAUGUGUCCACAAUGCUGCCGCAUACCGAGGGUGACCCACAACAAUUGCAACGCAAACGCCACAUUGGUAACGACAUUGUAGCUAUUGUGUUUCAAGAAUCGAAUACACCCUUCUCACCAGACAUGAUAGCCAGUCAUUUUUUGCAUGCUUUCAUCGUAAUUCAACCCCUGGAGCCAAACACACCAAAUACGCGAUACAAAGUGAGUGUAACGGCGCGCGACGAUGUACCCUUCUUCGGCCCAACUUUACCCAACCCUGCUGUGUUCCGUAAAGGCCAGGAAUUCAAAGAGUUCAUCUUAACCAAAUUGAUAAACGCCGAAAACGCUUGCUAUAAGGCGGAAAAGUUUGCCAAACUUGAGCUGCGGACUCGAACGUCUCUUUUACAAAAUCUUGUUGAUGAGCUGAAGGAAAAGACUAGAGAAUUUUUGGGCGCAGAUCUCAGUGGCACCGUUGCUGCAAGCCCUACGCCGGAAACACCAAAGUCCGAUAAUACUACGACGGGAUCUCGUUUAUUUGAUACGGUCAAAAAAGCUUUGAUAUCUCGCGUACGUUCACAAAGCGUCGACACCAGCAACAUCGCCAACGUCGAAAAAUUCUGUGUAUCCACAAAAAUGAAUUCAUCUGCAACCAGCACUCACUCGAAGAAAGACACGAGUUUGGUGGAAACGCCUAAUUUAAACACAUGUAGUCGCACAACUUCGAAAUUUUCUUCGAAAUCAAAGUCGUCAAAUGAGUCCACAUCCUCAUCUCCAGACAUUACGUCCAGAGCUCCGCUUAGCCAUAGCAACAAUGGCAGUGGAAAUAACAAUAACGGUGGGAAUGGAGACAAAGAAGCGCAGAAUGGAAACAACUCCUCGUCGAUCGUCCCCAAUAAUGGUGCUGGGGGCAAUGCGGUCUCUGGCGGAACGGCCACAAUGUCGGAGACCAGUGAUGAUUCCAGCCUCAACAGUGUGGAUCUUGACCCUAUGAUGGCCCACCUGGAUGGGGGUGCAGUCUACAUUGACAGCGAUACCGGUCUCGAGUCCAUGUCCUCUGCCGAAGCAAACACAAAGGCAUGUUCCCUAUGCCUAGAUGGCUCCCAAACUAUUAUGGGUUCAUCGCCUAGCAAUGAAACGAUAGUUCUGAUUGACAAUCUCAGACAAGAAGUUACUCGCCUUAAGUGUGACAAAUUAGAUUUGUUGCGUCAAAAUGUGACCUGCCAACGCGAUAUUAAGCGUCUUCGAGAACGAGAACUUUCACUUCAGGGGGAUCUUGCCGCCGCGGGUAAAGAGAUAUUACGUUUAAGAGAUCUACUCAAGGAAUACAUGCCAGAAGUGGCAGCGUCUCCCCUUUCAAUUUCCCCCAUCUAAUAGAAACAACCCACACAACGAACUAUUCUACAACAACAAUUAUGAAUUACGCUAAAUCGAAGUUUGCCAAGCAAAUGACAAUUAGAAAAUCAAUAACCAAUUGUGCCGUGUAAAACACUUGCUAACCCCGUUAAAUAAACACAAGGAAAUGCUAAGCAGCACAACGACGCCUAACGCAAAUCUGUGAUUCUUUCUCGAAGAAGAAUCGACAAUAUACACCAAUCGAAUAGUGAAUUAGUU